CACACUAAUCGUUGUGGAUUACGCAAAAAUGCUGGUUUUAAUUCUCUUAGGUUUAGUUAUUUGUGUGAGUGGACAGGGUUAUGAAUUAAAUAUUAUACAUUAUAAUGAUUUUCAUGCGAGAUUCGUUGAGACUAGUCAAUCGGGUAGGAUUUGUGACCCAGCAGCAGGACCAUGCAUUGGGGGCUUCGCCAGACUGGCGACAAAGAUCAGAGAAUCAGUGCAUAAAAAGCCAUACUCCCUGGUGCUAAACGGUGGUGAUUCCUUUCAAGGUACCAUCUGGUUCAAUCUUUUGAAGGGGAACGUGACGAAAGACUUUAUGAAUAUGGUGUAUCAUGAUGCUCACGUACUAGGAAACCAUGAAUUCGAUCAUGGAGUUUCGGAACUGGUUCCCUACCUCAAAAACCUUGAGCAUGAAGUGGUAACAGCCAACAUAAUAGAUGAUGAGGAGCCCAGUAUUCAGGGGUUAUAUAAGCCAAGUAUUGUGGUGGAGAAGAAUGGAAGAAAGAUUGGUAUCAUUGGUGUUAUUAUUUCAAGUACUCAUGAGUUAGCCUCGACUGGAAAAUUAAAAUUCACAGACGAAGUAGAAACAGUCAAAGCCGAAGCUGAGAAGUUGACUCAACAAGGCGUCGAUAUUAUUGUUGUUUUAUCACACUGUGGCAUAAAUAUUGACGAAGAGAUAGCUCGUCGUGCGGGACCUUACAUUGACAUAAUUGUAGGUGGGCAUAGCCACUCACUUCUAUAUAAUGGAGACCCACCUAUAAACUCUUCUUACGUCCCAUAUGGUCCGUACCCACUAACUGUUGAAAAUGAACACAAACGAGAAGUGUUAAUUGUACAAGCGGGCGCGCAUACAGAAUAUCUGGGAGAAAUUAAAUUAUCUUUCGAUGAUGCCGGUCAUAUUACGGAUUGGAUCGGAAAUCCACACUAUCUUGGACCGGAAGUUGAAGAAGCUCCUGAUGUAAUGGAGAAAAUCAACGAAUAUUUACCAAGAAUAGACGAACUAGCAAAAAGGAAAGUCGGUGAAUCAAAAGUACUUCUCUCUGCAGACUGUCGCUGUGGAGAGUGUAAUCUAGGAAACCUUAUUUGUGAUGCUUUUAUGCACGCUGUCAUGAAUAAAGCUACAGGAAGUAAUUGGCAUUACGCUCACUUCUGUACUAUGAACAGAGGCUCCAUUCGGAGUGACAUUGUCAGCGGAGACAUAACUUUCGAAGCCAUGUUACUAUCUAUGCCAUUUGCGAAUACUGUUGAGGUGUUUGACUUACGUGGAGACCAUGUUUUGGAGAUGUUAGAAUUCAGCGUGGCUAAUCAACCUCGGCCUGGGGCAAGGAUGUUGCAAUACUCUGGUCUUCGGGUUAACUUUGACGGUUCUAGACCAGUCAAUCAGCGAGUUCUCAAUGUGACUGUACGUUGUAUUGAAUGUGAAGUACCACGUUACGAGCCUUUGGACCCCAAUAAGAUGUACAAAAUUGUGUCACAGAAUUUUUUGGCUGAGGGAGGAGAUGGGUUUACUAUGAUAUCGAAAAAUCGUGGGCCGAGAGAAAUCAUUGGUAUAGACAGUGAAGUUUUUAUUAGGUACUUAGAGAGAGAACUGCCUGUUAUCAGAGAUCUGGAUGGACGGAUACAUAUAACGGAUCCCUGCCAAAACGAAAACUGAUGAUGAUCAUAUGGAAUUAAGUUACGAAAUCUAUACAUAAAUGUAUGAAAUUCAGUAAUGAUUAGAAUACUUACAGGUUCGUGGCUGAGAUAUUGCAAUUCGGAGGCAAUGAAUUACUUACUAAAGAACUUAUUUCUAAAUAAUUAGUAAACCAAUGGCCUGGCCGUGUAUUACUUUAAUAAAUACGGAUAAUAAAUAUUACUACCUUAUAGAUUUUGUUCAUUUUGGGGUGAAUAUUUUCUCAAAGGAGUUAAUGGAUGACUCUGAGUACAUUUAUAAAAAAUAUUGACCUCUCUGAAGUAUGUCUAACUGGAACCGGAACAAUUCAUAAAUGUCAAAACCAUUUAUAAAAUUUCAAGUUAUCUCUAAAUGUUACCUUAAUAAUAAAUUUUGGUUAGCAUUUAAUUCCAGCAAAUACGUUUCAAAUAUUGAAAAUAUGGUUAAAUACUUUGUUCUCCAUAAAUAGGUUAGUUCUAAUGGUAACAUUCAGAGUUGAGACUGAACGCUAAAAAUUACUUUCGUACGAAAAAUAUUAAACUCGUCAUGGGUCAACUUAACUUGAAUUAUUUUUAAUUCUUUACAUACGAUAAAAACAUACAUAUUUACAAUUUAUCCUUGUUUCUCUUAUCACACAUCUUGCAAGAGAUAAACAGCUUCUUUAAUAUAUAUCUAUUAAGUUACAAGAUAGAUGAGUGACCCAUGAGAUGAAAGUCAAAUGCAAAUCCCAAACACGGGCCACUCAAAAUAAAUGCUGCAGAAGAAGACACUAAAAGUCAUGGCCAUGUGGACACCACAGCUUUAAAUCAGACGCACGAAGAGGAAAAUUAUUGCGUUAGAAGGCGAACGAUGAAAUGUUUACAAGAUGUGGUCGAGGCCACUCAUAAAUGGUUUUAGUGUCACUGAAUUUAUGUAUUUAAACUUCAAUCUCUUUGUAGAACAAAAAUACUUCGUUUCAAAUAGUUAAUAUGCAAAAUGUUAAGAAAAUCGCUUAGCGAUAAAUGGUUUGAAGGUAUUAAUUUAACUUGCAGCCCGCCUCAAUGUCCCGUGAAAUUGCAUCCGAUGCAAAGCGUUCAAGAGUUUAAAAUUAAACUGCAGUAAAACCUAGCACUUGUUUUGUAUCCUAGUUAAAUUUGUAGGGCCACUUUAUUGCAUUUUCACUUCAAUAAA